AUGCUGAUCCACUGGCGUGUGCACGAACAGUUCUCCUUCGCCCUCCCACAGAGCCGCACUCACGUUGUCCAUCCGCGAGGAAGACUUCAAGUUGGAUGGCCCCUCCAAGGGCCCGUCUAUUUUAACGAACAAUGGGAUACGCGCUCAUGCGACGGUAAUAACCUCCUUACGAUCACCUCAGAGACAAAGCUCGCCAAAAGAAACUCCACUAGUGUAAUAAGGAUUGGGGUUUGA